AUGAUGACUAGCAAUGAAUGGGAUAAUACAAAAUGGUCUAAGAGCAAAAAGGGAAAAGAGGCCUUUGAUAUUGUUGUUCCCAAUGAUUUUUGGAUCUUGAUAAACUUGUGUUUGAGAGUGUUUACUCCAUUAGUGAAAGUUCUUAGACUAGUUGAUGGAGAGGAGAAACCUUCAAUGGGAUUUGUUUAUGGAGAGCUACUAAAGGCAAAGGAUGACAUUAUAAAGACGUUGAAGAGGGAAAGUGACUAUAUGCCAAUCUUGAACAUUAUUGAUCUAAAGGGCAAGGAUCGAAUUGAUAGCCCACUUCACACAACAGCUUAUCUUUUGAAUCCCUUUUACUUCUUCAAGAAUCCAAAAAUCAAAGAUAAUCAAUUGAUAACUAAUAAUGUGAUUCUUUGUGUUGAAAAGUUCUUUUCCGAUGCUCAAAUGCAACAUCAUGUGAUUAAUGUUGAGUUGCAAAGAUACACUCAAAAAGAAGGUGCAUAUGGAAGAAAACUAGCAGCAUGUGGAUGUGAGAAUACAAUCCGGGUAUUUAGUUGUUGGUGGGACUUUAAUGGCAAUGAAACACCAAACUUGAAAUUAAUGGCAAAGAGGAUCCUUGGUUUGACCACUAGUUCGUCCAGUUGUGAGAGAAAUUGGAGUGUCUUUGAAGGGGUACACACCAAGAAGAGGAACCGCUUAGAUGCCACAAGGAUGAAAAACCUAGUUUAUGUUCAAUUUAAUGCAAGUAAUGCACAAUCUUGGAUUGUUGAUUGUUGUGAUGAUGAGGAGAAAGCUGACAAUAUAUUACCAUCUAAAAGAGGUAAUAGAAAUUCUCAAGUCGAAAAAAGGGAGCCCGAUAAAGAUGAUUUCGUAUCCGAUGACACUGAAAAUGACUUGAAUGAAGAAGACGAGAUUGAAUUAGAAUCCGAUAAAGAGCUAGACAAGAUUUAG